UGGGAAAUAUAUUUUUGCAGCAAAAAUAUCAAAUCAGCGAUUUCUCACAGUUUCCGGAAAUGUGUUGGGGGCCACUAUAAAUUUGUCACUCUUCAUUUAACAGAGGGAACGGAAAGAAAAUUUGGGGAGGGAGCGGAACUACAUUACUAUUUAGUAUAAAUUUAGUUAAAAUAUUUUAUGUAAAAUAUUAUUUUUUGUUAUUCAUUUUUUUAAUUUUUCAUGUAAAAUAUGGCAACUUUUGGAGCAAUUUUAUUUUACCUUUUUUUAUUUUUAUAUUCCGAUUUUGUUAUUACAUAUUUAAAAAAUAUUUUUCCACUAAUUAUAGGAGAGGAGGAACAAAAAUUUUGUUAUAUUUUUAAUUUAUAGCAACUUAAUAUUGAAUUGAAAAAAUGGUCGCGAAGUGAGCGUCUCAUAUUUUAUUACAAAAACCAAGCAACCGGAAGUACCCUCUCUUCUUAUUUAAUUAAAAAUUUCAUUGCAAUUAUUGAUAUACCUAUACGCUUUUUUUUUAUUAUUUUUCUUUUUGGUGUAAUUAACUCUGAGCCAGAGGUCGGCCGAAUUCCGACUUCCGAAAAUUUACGUUGAUUUCCUAUCGCCGGCUUUAUAGCCACUUUCUAUUUCUGACAGUUCCGAUUUCCGACACCUUCGCUAUUUCCGGCCGACCUCUGAUAUGAACCAUGAUUUUUCCAUUUUUCAAUUAAAAAAUCGAUAUUUUUUUAAUUUUUGGGUUUCUAUAAGUCUGAACUACCUUCGUACUUUAAUUUAAAAAAUACGUAGAGCAAAGAUAGUAUUAAACGAAUAAUCACCUGAUUUUGUUUAAAUUUUGAGUGCGUUCUGCUGAGACGAUUUUGUGUUACGUCAUCUGCAACAAUAACAACAAAAAAACUUUAAUUAAUUUAUGUAAUUUUCUUUCGUUACUUCCUCUUUAUUCAAGUUAAAAGCAAAGAUUUUAAAUUUUUAAGUCUUAAUUUUAUUUUUUAAAUUUGCAUCCUCAAAUUCCGGUAUUGCGCAGUGUGAGAAUGGGUUUUUGUCCGUUUGACCUAUUUGUAAAAUUGGCAUUUUAAAAAUUCGACAUUUUAAAAUUGCGAAAAACGCAUUUUAAAAAUUUUUGCAAACGGCUUUAUUUUUUCUAAAUCUCGAGAUUUAUUUAUUUCUUAUUUUUAGAUUCUUGAAGCUUUUUGUACAACUUUUUAUUACUCAACCAAUUUUUACUUUCUUAUUUUUUACAACAUUCAAUUCGUUUUUAUACUUUACAAAAUCAAUAACAAAAUUUAAAUUAUGCAACAUCACGAAUCUAUUCAUUCUUCAAAAAGUCGAGUUGUCAGCACUACAACAUCAAGUAGUUGCAGCAGUGGUUAUACAAGCAGCGGUGGCUACACAACCACAAGCAAUUUAAGCAACAGCAGUGCUGCUUGUCGACGUCAAUCUGAGGCUGAUUUGGAACUUACAAUGCAAUCUUUGGCUGUAACUAAGGCUAAGAAUGAAGAGAAUGAAAUGGGAAGUGCUAUCCGGCCAUCUUCGUCUUCCUGCUCAUCAUCUUCCUCUGCUUCGUUUUCUGCUGCAACUUCCUCUUCAUCUUCAAUUGAUCUUAAUGGAAAUGAAAAUGUUUUGGAUUCAGUUCGACAACAAAAGUCCAAUCAAAUUCAAAUUAAGCGGCGUAGCAAAACACAGCUUGCAAAGUGCCUCCAACUCGACUUGGUCUCCAUCUCUAAUUGUAAGAAUGUGGUAAAUUCCGAUGGUGCAAAUAACAACAAGGUUGAGAAUUCAAUUUCGAAUUUAUCCCCUUGGGGAAAACGGCAAUUUCAGCACAACCGUCGAGGGCAAUCAACAUUGUUUCCUGUUCACAUUCUUCCAUUUCUCUACCUUGGAAAUGUUGACACAGCCAAAAAUCGACAAACACUUGAAAAAUGUGACAUUCGCUAUGUGAUCAAUGUGACAUCCGAUUUGCCAAACUAUUUUGAGUGCGACAACAAAGAUGGACAAUUAAAUAAAGGGAAUGAUGGGCCCAAUAUUACAUAUAUGAGAAUUCCUGUUGAUGACAAUUGCUCCCAUAAUUUGGCUCAGUUUUUCCCAGAAGCGAUCUCAUUUAUCGAACAUGCGCGUUCUCAAAAAGCAGGCAUUCUUGUCCACUGCUGGGCUGGUAUCAGUCGUUCUGUCACUGUUUGCCUUGCAUAUCUAAUGUAUUCGCAACGUUGUACACUUGAAGAAGCUUUUGAUCGUUUGUUCAAACAAAAUGGGACAAUUGCACCAAAUUUUCAUUUCAUGGAGGCAUUAACUUGUUGGGAGCGCGAACUUUUUGCUUCUCAUUUUUCUUCGUCAGCAAUGGGAAUUAAUUUACCGCCAACACUUUCUACACAACAACAAAAUAUUUCAACUACAGCAUCUUUAAAUGGAGGAAAUGUUGUUGUUGUUCCUGGGCCUCCUUGUUCGCCAUCAGCUUCUUCACCGGCAUUUAAACAGUUUAAAGGUUUUGAAGCAGUUGUCCCCUGA